GCUGCAGGGAGCUCAGCAGCGGACCAAUCAGCAGCGGUCAUGACGCAGAGACCGGAAGCCGUUCCGCUGUCAGCCAAGAGGAGAAGCACUGAGGACGAGCCGUGAGAAGACUUAAAGACAAGAUGGCAGGUCUGCCCCGCAGGAUCAUUAAGGAGACGCAGCGCCUGAUUGCCGAGCCGGUUCCCGGUAUCCAGGCGGAGCCCGACGAGGGGAAUGCCCGCUACUUCCACGUGGUCAUCACGGGGCCUGAGGACUCUCCAUUCGAGGGGGGCACCUUUAAACUUGAACUCUUUCUCCCAGAGGAAUACCCCAUGGCCGCCCCUAAAGUACGCUUUAUUACCAAAAUAUAUCACCCCAACGUAGACAAGCUAGGAAGAAUAUGUCUAGACAUUUUGAAAGACAAGUGGUCUCCAGCCCUCCAGAUCCGCACGGUGCUGCUAUCAAUCCAGGCGUUACUAAGCGCCCCAAACCCUGAUGAUCCCCUAGCCAAUGAUGUUGCAGAGCAGUGGAAAACCAAUGAAGUUAAAGCCAUAGAGACUGCCAGGGCAUGGACCAGGCUCUAUGCCAGGAACAACCUGGACGUGUAGCGGGACAGACCGGGCCUACACCGACAGACGGCACGCCCAAACGCAACUCCUCAUGUUCCGCCAAGACCUCUUCCUACUUAAUUUGAGUUUAACGGACGUCUUUAUUAUAAAACAAAUACUAAGGAAUAUACUGUUAAGAGAAACAAGACAACUGCUGUCAAUUGGUCAUUUAAAUGCACACUAGUAAAUAAGACGUUUUGUUGUCUUGAUUCACUGCUGUUCAGACGUUUUAAGAUAUACUCCGGCUUCCUUGUCCAUUGAUUCUUUUUUGUUUUUCAAGCUCUUCUUCAAGAAGCUUGUUGAGAACAAACUGGGGAACCUGCCCCAUGUGUUCUGUCUUUACUUUGGGUAGCAGGGAGCAGCGAGGGGUAGAAGCUAAGAAGAGCAGCAGAUCUGUUUUAUGUUGUCCCUCUUCUGAGUGUCAUGGGGCAGUUUGAAGGAGCAGCUAACAGCCCACUAGCUGCAGCCCGCUCGGCCAUGGCUCCCCCCAGGGGCCCGGGCCGUCUUAGACGGCGUGGCUUUUUAUUUCAUCAUAUCCGACAGGUAACACAGUAACGAUAUGACUAAACACAACUGAGCCUUCCUCUAUCAUGAUGUUCGCUGUCAUCGUAGACCUUUUAAUUCAGGCUUCUGACCAGUGUGGGCAGUGGGUUGAAGGCAGAGGGCCAGGGAGGGGGUGGGUUUGUUUUUAGCUUGUGUUUUGUUAUCAUAUCUGGUCUUCUACGUUUGGCCUGGUUGUCGCCCUACUAAUGUUGUUUACUCUCCCAUCACAUGCUUACUCUAUGAUUAAUGGUUUUCUUCCCCCACUCAUUGGUUCAAGAAGUUGUGGUUGGUGGUGAACCUGUUUGAGAGGGAGCAGUGGGCUGGGGGUCCGAGGAAUAGGCUGUUACUAUAAAGGGAUCAAACCCCAAAGGAUCAGUAACGGCUUUGGUCUCAGCUGUCACGAUUGGUCUUCAGUUGCAAAGUCUGUAUUCAAUUUAAUGUUUGUAAAUUAAUUCCUUCUAUUAAUCUGGGGAAGAAAUGUUUCUGCUCUCAGAAUGCUAUGGAAACAGUCCAUCUGCAUACUUUUGGUUUCUGUAAAUAAAAUCUGUUGAUUAAUAAGAAA